GAUUCAGAAUGAGACGACAAGGGAAGUAAGUCAUUCCUAUUCAUUGUCACUUCCUCGUUCGCAACUGUAGAACUUUUAGCAGUUUUAAAGUUUUUAAUAUUUCGGCAAUAAUUAUUGACCAAAAUGAGUGGUAAAGUUAUCGUCUACAUUAGCAAUCUUGUUUCAAAUAUGGAGGUAAGAAGUUAUUUUAAUUUAUAUAAUAAUUAUGCAAAAUUAUGUGUAGUCGUGACAAUAAUGAUCCCAGUCAGUGUCAGUCACAAACCCGGUAUACUUGCAGUUACUGGUAAACCCACAACACCCAUGCCAUACCUAAGUCAGAGGCGUACCAAAGUCAGAUUCAUAAGUAAAAUUUAAUUUAUUGGUCUUGGGCUUGAAAAACGAAUAUAAAAGAAGCAAUGACCAUUGAAAUGUCACCCAAUGUCUGCUCUUAUUGAAACUGUUGAGGCUGAGGUAUUUAGAAAGUAAGAAAGCAGCCAAUUUUAAAUAUGUUAAUAUGGGAGUGGUUAUUCUAGGUCUCAUUUAGACACUGACAGAAAUUUUAAAUAUUUUCCCAUUGCCAUAACUGAUACAUCAUUUAAAAGUGAUAAAUUAUUUUAAAAGGGCUAGCUUUAUAAAAACAUAAAUUUCAUCUUUCUAUCUUUUAUAAUUUAUAGAAGUGGAGUUAUGAAUUUUUUGGUGAUUUUUAAAAAGCCACCCUCUUUAUCUUUGUAUUUAAUUGCAAAAAUGUGUGGCAGACUUCCAUAUUUCUGCAUUAUUUUUCCCAAAACUUGUUUAUUUUAAAAGAUAAUGCUACCGAAUUUUCAGGAAAUAUUCUCAAUGCAAUAUAAUAUAGUCAGGUAGUUGUAAAAGUUAUGUAAAGUUUACAGUAAAGCUACUGAGCCAACUGUCAAAAGUGGCCUAGCCUUGAUUUUUUAUUCAAUCUAUCUUGAGCUCCACUCGUGGUGUACAUGGAAUUGGUUUUUAAAUGCAAAUAAAUUUAAACGGUUAUUUUGUUAUUACAAAGUGAGUAAAGUGAGUAACUCUGUAACUUUCCUGCUUAUAAUAACACUAAACCUUUUUUGUUUCUUUUUUGCCUAGACUCGUAAGCAACAGAUGAGGAUCCAGGAUGUUUUAUCUGGUGCUAAGAUUGAUUUCGAAGUAGUUGAUGUGUCUGCCAACAAAGAAAACCUGGCUAAAAUGAGAGAAGUAGUGGGAAAUGAGCAUGCUCUUGCACCUCAAAUUGCUAAUGGAGAUAAUUACUGUGGGGUAAGUGAACCGUAAUGCAAUGUUUACUGUGAGAUUAGAGUAAUAAUGCAUUAUAUAUUAUUGGAUAUCAACUACAGGGGGAAUGUCACUGUGCUUCUUGUAUAUAAAAAAUGUUAAUAUUUUGAAUACCCUAGUACAUGAUAAAAAAACCAAAAAACAUUAUAAAAUAACAUACAGCAAUAAAAUUGAUCCGGUAGAUUCAUGACAGCCAUUUAUAACUUUAGUCUCCAAUAUUACUAAACAAAUAAAGUUACCUUUAGUUUAAACAGAAAACAGGUUCUGUUUAUUGCUAGUGUUUUUGUUAAUAUGUCUUUAUUUAAAAUCCUAAUUAAAAUAAAUUUAACUAAUUUUACUGCCUUUGGACAACUUGAAAGUAUUUCCUAUGAAGAAUGGUCACAUGUAUUUACAGCUAAAUUUCGUAUGUGCAUCGAUUCAGUCAUGCGUAGAGCUCAAUGCAUUAAUGAUCCUUCCCCCCCCCCCCCCCCCCGUACACAUGUUUUGCUACACUUAACGCAGUAAUGUAAAAAUUGAUAAAAGCAUCAUUGCUUUCCUUCUCCAGGACUACAAUGCAUUUGAUGAUGCAGUUGAAUGCAAGACAUUACAUCAGUUCCUGAAGGUCUAAGAAGCUUUGCUCUCUCUCCUGUAUCCAUAUUUGCUCCACCAUGCAAGCAUUGUCACUGACAGAGUGAGCCACUUAGCUAUGUUCGCAUCUAUCAAAGGAUCAAACAAAUUUAAAGCCUCUUGUACUUUAUCUUUAUCACAUUAAUAAUCUGUAAUGGGUUUUUUUUUUACCCAGAUGGUGGAUUAAGGCUUGAUAUUUUUUGUUUAUAUUCAUUCAGAUAAUUUCUACAAAAUAGACACUCAGUACAUUUUGAGUACCGGUAAUAAAUUAAGUAUCAAUAUUUUCCUGAGGCUUGUAACAUUUAUGCUUUUCAACAACUUCUUAUCAUGUAUUUAUUUAUGGUCACUCAGUCAGUGAAGUAUUUUUGUUUUGUGUUACAUUCCCUGUUCACAAUUUUAUAUGGUUUGGUUACUAUUGCUAUUUUAUAGAGUACUUUAUUUUAACUUGUUUGGACUGGCAAUGUCUGCUACCAGUUUCACAACAUAGGCAUUUUGAUGAUGACACGUUCAAGAAAUUUUUUUUAAAAAUGUGUCUUCCCCAUGACAAGGGUGGAGAGGGUUUUGUUUUAAAUGAGAUGGAGUGACAGCUUAUUUGUUAAUUUAAAAAACAAAACAAAACAUCUUGUAAUAUGAGAUGAAUGUGUGUUUGUUGAGGAUCAACUUUUCACCACAUUUUUUAUAUUGAUGCUCCUGCAAUGCUUUUAAAAGCAAUGAAACUUCACAUUUGCUAACAAAGGGCAGUUUAUUUUAGGGGAUUAAAAAACUGAAAAUUUAAUUUUAGGAUGAGCUUAUCAUAUUAUUAAAAUCUGAUUUAAAAAAAAAAAAAAAAAAUUUUCAGAUUUUUACCAAUGUCCGUCUUAAGAGAGUGUUUCUUGCUGUUUAUCCAUUGUUUUUAUAACAAUACACCUGUUUGUUAAAUGAUGUUUAAAACAAGCACUUCCUUAUCUUCCUCCUUUCUGAUGCCAUGUGUUUUUCUCACAUCAAACUUAAACCAUUCAGCUUUUUGCUUAGAUAUAUCUCUAGGUUUCUUUGUCCUGGAUUUUUAUAUUAUGUCAAUCCUAUGGAUACAGAAAUAUGCAAGCUAGUGUUACAUUUGUCUUCUGGUUUGGAUAUUGAUGAAAAUUAAAGCUGCUCUAGCUACAAGUCAAGAUUGGUUGCACCAAACCCAAUGUGAUAAUCUCAUGCUAGUCUGAUUGUCCAACAUAUUUUUAAAAAACUAGAGAAGUGAUCAAGAAAAUACUGAACAGAUUCAAACAUAUUUGUUCAUCUACACCUGAUGUAUUUUUGACACUUGACAUAUCUGCAUCCUUGGCCGGCUCGUGCCUGAAUAACAUUCCUGUUCUAUGUAAAGUAAAGGACCCACUUGCUGAUUUUAAUCAAUUAAAAAAAACAAUAACCAAAUCUAUUGCAAUCUUAGGUAAUAAAAAUCAAACUGUAUGCAAAAACUUGACUACAUUCACCACAAAACAAUGUAUAGAUCAAAAGCCUUCUUCAGCAAACAUGUGAAAAAAUAAAUAAAAGGUCAGUUAACAUCAUAUCAAGUUGGAUACGCUGGAUUCGCCAAUAUCAUUCCUAUUGCAAUGUCAAUUCGUCUGCGUUCAUUCCAUCCGCUUAGGUGUACUGGUACUAACAUCAACCUUUUCUAUUAAUGAAAACGGAUUCAUUUUUUAAAAAUCAUUAAAUAUGUCUUUUUGGCUUUUUAAAAAGUGGUUUGAACAAUUCUAUGGGUAUCCAAUGACCAAUCUUGCAACUCUUGAGUUAUGUAAGUACAUGGUUAAGGAACUCUGGUGUAUAGUAUUUAUAUAUAAGUAUAUCUGUUGUGUCAGCUUUUUGUCUACCUGUUUGUUUGCUGUCCGGUGUUUUCAUUUUUGUAAAAUGAUUAUUUUUUAAAAAGUGUUUUUUGAGUUAUUGUGCAAAUAUAUAGAUACAUCUUAAUUUUAUUCUAAACUUUUAUUUGUAAAAGCCUGUGCUAUGAAAUUUUACAUGCAUGUUUUUGCAUCUUUUUAAAGACUCAAAGCAUCAUCUUUUAUCUGUACCUUUAAACAGGAUGGUUUUAAUAUGGGCCCUUUAUAAAAAAAAUAUAAAAAUGAUCAAACAUUUUUCACUGCAAAAUUUCAGCUUUCCAUGAUUUGCAUUCCUGAUAUGUUUAUUUAUAACAAUGACCUUGUUUGAUAAUCAAUAUUGAACAAAAAAAUUUGUUUGUUGGAAGGUUUGGAGGGGGAUCGGGGUGGAUUAGACAUCAUUCCAUCCUUGUAAAAAAAAAAAAAUUACAAGUAGUACAUUUGUAGACUUUUACAAACUCUCCCAUUCCUUGGUGUUUUAAAUUUGGCAUGGUUCAAAAGCUCAACUGUUGACACUUCAGACUCUCAAAAUUUUACUACUUGUGAUUAGAUUACAGUCCCCCAGACAAAAGUACCAAAAUGAAAUGUAUUGCAUUUAUGAACUUGUGCUUUCUUACUUGGUAGGGUUAAGAUUUUCCUGCCUUAAACUAACCUGCUGGAGAUGAGCCUUUCAUCUCCUGUGGACAGUCUCACUUUAUUUCUGAUUUACUUCUCACCCUUUGUAGGCCUUACCCAAUCCUUAAUUGGCUUUCAAAGUUUUACCUUGUGGUCAUAAAUGGGAAUUGAAAAACUUCAUGAGGGAUGUAAUUGUAAUGAAUUCAGAGGACAAACAAGUCAGCCAUUUUUCUGAUUUCUCUUAACUCAGUGUAAGUGAUUCACUAGAUCAGCUGUAGCUGAAAAAUCUUGAUAUUGAUUAGACCAGCUGAUGUUGAUGAAUCUUGAAAUUGAUAAACUAGUAAGCUCCAGCCUCCAGGGCUUACAGUCUAUGUUUCUCUAUGUAAUUGUAAUAGAACCACAUUUAAGAUUCUAUUCUACUGGUUAUUUUGUGCUCAAAGCCUCUUGAAAAUGAUUUAGAGAAGGAAUUUUUUUUUUUUUUUUUUUUUUUUUUUUUAGUUAAAAUAUUGCAUGCGUUUUCUCAUUAAUUUGUCUAUAUCAAGCCAGAUAGUCGCUUUAAGUCUAUUAUAGAAGAUAUGAAGUCACAACAGAAUUAUAUCAAUCUUGCUACAAACAAGUUUGCUCUAUUUACUUGUUAGUCCCAACAUUGGUCUGAAGAGUGGAAAUAAACACAGCUUUUCAUUGGCCAGUUUAAAAACCUUAUUUUUAAUAUGAAAAUAAUAAACAAAACUUUUAUUUUGCCAUACUUGUUGUCAACAGAUUUAUAUUUCUACAGUUUUCAACUUACAAUUUGAAGACCUCCUUGUUUAAAUAACUUUCCCUUUGUUAUGGGCAAGCAAGUGUUUUAUUUUUUGUAUAAAGGUUUCUUUUUGUUACUUAAAAUAGGCUCACCUGAUGUAUCUCUCUUUAAUAAAUUCAUGCUGGAAUUUUAAAAAUUGUGCAGUUUUUUUUUAAAUGUUAGUAAUUCUUGGAAAGAUGUCAGUGGCAUUCUGAAUUUAAAUGUCACUUUGCUUUUUUAAUUUUUAUUGUUAGUUAAUAAGUAAUUUUUAUAAAGAUGUCAGUGGCAUUCCAACUUCAAUAUUACUAUGUUUUAACUAGAAUAAGAUGAAGAAAAAAAAAAUUAUUCAACUUAUUUUUUGGUGAAUUUUUAAUUACCGGUAAUACAUUUGCUUUGAUCAUUUGCUAUCUAUUUUUCAUCAUUUUUAGCAAAGUUAGCAAAGGAGAAAUAUUUUUUUUUUUUUGAAUUUUUAUAAUGAAAAGUUAUUAUAAGGUCUGAAUAAUAAGAAAGAAGUGGGUUUAUUGUUUCUGUUUGUGUCAAAAUGUUGAAGUUUCUGUUUGUCCACAUGUGCAAUUUAACAUUUUUUAUUUUCAAAAGCAUCUGCAUUUUAAAAAAAACAACAAUAAACCAAAACAUUCUUAUCCUCU